GCCGCUUUGAUGAACCUUCAAAUAUGGGUUCAAGAGCACAUGUCACUGUUCUUUGCCAUCACACCAUCCACACCAUCUGCAAGUCUUGACACAAUCUUCCCUGAAUCUUCAAUGCGCGAGCUUUGGAAGCAUAUCAACAUUCUAUUCUUCGGCUCCGACAUUCCACGUCGCCUCUCCUGCUUUCGUUGGGCUACUACUCCCCUACACCCCAGAUAUGAAACGGCAAUCGGCGUGGCGUCUGUGCGUUAUUUUCGCUACAGCAUCGUCAUACUACCAUCUAUAGACUGCAUUUUGAUGCUCAGCACGCUUUUACACGAAGCCUGUCAUAUAUUCCUUCGUUACUAUGCCUGCCAAGCUUGUUGGAGUACGGAAUGGAACCUAAAUACAGUGGGACACAGGCGCGCAUGGCAAGUUCUUGCGUCGGCUGUGGAACGCAAAUUUGUAGAGUUCACAGGCCUGCCGGCUGAUCUUGGUCGUCUCGAUUCGUUACGAGCGCACUGGGACGACUGCUGGCCAUUACCUAGUAUUCACGAAUUAGCAGACUGGCAGCUAGACAGGCCAACAUUGAUGCCGAUUUACGUGAAUGAUUUACAUAAGGCAGUUCGGGGGUACGUGGGACUAGACGGAGGAGACGAUAAAGUUAGAGACUUUCCGCUAAGAGGGUUCAUGGAAUAUUGGUGGGUAGACACGAAGCAGGCUGAACUUAUCGCAAAGGAAGGGAGGUUGGGAGAUGGCACAGGUUUAUUCGAAGAAAAGACGUUGGUGUGUCGUGCUGACAUGAGCUGCGGAGGGAUGGAGCGCGAGCAAGAACAGUCUGACGGAGAGGUAGAGAGAGAACACGAAAGGAUCUGAGAGAAGCACAAAGGUGAGGG